AUGUCUGCUAUAAUUGCUACCCCAAGACAUGAUUAUACAGCGACGUCGAAGCUCGACGGUGCUGAUGUGGCAGUAAACGAUGUGAAGACUCACGCACUCUAUACCGUCGAUGACUUACUCUUCAAUCGAAGUCGAACAAUACCUGAUACUCCACUAGUUGCGUAUCCAGCAAGCUCACGGGGUCGAGCUGAUUAUGUCCAUUACACAGCGCAGGAUCUGGAUAGGUUCGCUGAUCAUAGCGCAAGCAAGUACGCUUCAAUGGGGCUUGUCCCGGAAAAUCAUGGACCCGACGCAGAAGUGGUUGGUUUGCUGGCUCCAUCGAAUCUGGACUAUGUUGCCAGCAUCUUCGCCCUUCACAGACUUGGAUUUGCAGUUCUCCUCCUCUCCAACCGACUUGCUACAGAGGCAUAUGUCUCACUGCUCCAUAAAACGAAUUGCCGUCGGAUUGUGAGCUCCGAGAAUCUGAACAAGCAAGUGAUGGCAAUCCAAUCUGAGACAGAAGUCACUCGAUAUCCGGUACACAGUCAAACAGAGUACAACCUGAAAGACCCUCUGAUUCCACGGUAUCCUCGGCAGCAAGGCAAUCGUUCUUCGUCGAAUCGAAUAGCAUUCAUCAUUCAUUCCUCUGGCUCUACAGGGCUUCCGAAGCCAAUCUUUCAAACACAAGCAGCAUGUUUGAUGAAUUAUUCGAGCAGCUUUGGAUAUCGUGCCUUUUUGACACUUCCACUUUAUCAUAACCAUGGUCUUUCUUCAUUCUUUCGAGCUGUAUAUUCCGGAAAAGAGAUAGCGUUGUUCAAUGCCAACUUGCCAUUGUCGGGACCCAACCUAAUAGAAGCAAUGCGUGCAGUGAAUCCGGAGUGCUUUUAUGGUGUGCCCUACGCACUCAAACUCCUUGCAGAGACAGAAAGCGGUGUUGAAGUGCUGAGAAAAUGCAAACUGGUAUUGUUCGGAGGUAGCAGCUGUCCAGAUGAUCUUGGAGAUAGGCUGGUAGAGGCAGGGGUUUAUCUUGUUGGCCAUUAUGGAGCAACUGAAAUUGGCCAAUUGAUGACAUCUUUUCGUCCAAUUGAAGACAAAGCAUGGAACUACGUUCGACCAUUGCCUGCAAGCGCCCCUUACAUGCUUAUGACUUCUCGAGGUCCGAACACGUUCGAGUGUGUAGUGCUCGAUGGACUGCCUUCCAAAGUCGUCUCGAACUCAGAUGAUCCCCCCAACUCCUUCAGAACCAGCGACCUCUUCAGUCCUCAUCCUACGAUACCGAACGCCUGGAAAUAUCUUGGUCGCUUGGACGAUCGAGUAACGCUUGUGAAUGGCGAAAAGGUUCUUCCAAUUCCAUACGAGCACCAGAUCAGAGAAAACGAGUUGGUCAGGGAAGCUUGCGUAUUUGGAGUUGGCAGAGCCUUUCCAGGUCUUAUCAUUAUACUAAGUGAGAAAGCCAGUGGUCUGAGUAAGGCACAAGUGCUCGACUCACUCUGGCCUGUCGUGCAAGCAGCAAACGCCAGAGUUGAAGGGUUCAGUCAGAUCUCUCGACAAAUGAUUGAAGUCCUUGAUGUUGGCGUGGAAUAUCCCUGCACGGAUAAAGGGACUAUGAUUCGCGCCGCCUUUUACAGAAAAUUCGAAAAGCUGGUUGAUUCCAUCUACCUUCGGUUCGAAUCCCCAGCCGAUGUCAAUGACGGGAGCAGACUCCAGUUGAAUUGUCAGGAGCUCAAGCUCUACUUGCAUAAUCUUUUCGUGCAAAACCUUGGCUUUGAACAAAUUGAUGACACUACAGACUUCUUUGAGGCUGGAGUAGAUAGUCUACAGGCCCUUUCUGUCAGAGGCAUCAUGAUGAGAGAGUUGGAUCUAGGCUCAAACACCCUGGGACAAAAUGUCGUCUUCGAAUAUCCCAAUAUCUCGGCACUUGCUACACAUCUAUUCUCUGUGAGAACAGGGACGGAAACCGUUGAGACUGAUGAGAUAGAAACAAUGAGAGAGCUUAUCGAGAAGUAUUCCACUUUUGAAAGCCACAUCCCUGGAGCGUGUCUGGUCGACGGAGAAACAAUUAUCCUUACUGGUGUCACUGGCUCGCUGGGAGCACAUGUUCUGGCGCAAUUGCUUGCCCAAGAUCACGUCAAGGCAGUAUAUUGUCUAGUCCGGGCUUCAACUCAAGCCGAAGCUCAAUCAAGAGUGCUCUCGACCCUUUCAUCCAAGCAGCUUGAUUCCGAGCUGCAUUUGGAGAAGAUCCAUUGCCUUCCAUCGGAUCUCAGUCGUGAUGAUUUGGGAUUGGAUGUUUCCACAUUAGACACCCUGCGCAAGACCUUGACAACUAUCAUCCACUGCGCCUGGGCUGUCAACUUCAAUCUCGGUGUCAAGAGUUUCGAGCAGCAUCACGUCAAAGGCACUUUCAACCUUCUCAAUCUGUGUCUUGGUGUAUCUACAACACAACCUGCGAAAUUAUUCUUCUGUUCUUCCAUCUCGGCAGCAGCAGGAACACCACUUCCAGCGAUAAUACAGGAAACUUAUAUCGACGACCUCUCACACGCUCAGAACAUGGGAUAUGCUAGAUCAAAACUGGUGACAGAGACCAUAGUCAAAGCUGCAGCCGAGCAGACGGGUGUGACAGCGAAUGUUCUCAGAGUUGGCCAGAUCGUUGGAGAUACGAAGUUGGGAUUGUGGAACAGCACAGAGGCUAUCUCUUUGAUGAUUCGUAGUGCAUCUAUAAUCGGGGCUUUGCCAGCAUUGGAAGAGACACCAUCAUGGCUACCUGUCGACGUUGUGGCUCGCUCAGUGCUUGAGCUUGCCAAUUUAGACACAGAUACAGUGAAAAAUGAGGAUGAGGAUACAAGCAUCGUCUUCCACGUCCAAAAUUCUCACCUGUUCCACUGGACGAACGAACUCCUUCCCGCAUUACGAAACGCUGGACUUACUUUCGAGACGGUGUCUCAACGAGAGUGGAUUCGCCGCUUGCGUGACAGUGAAAGUGACCCUCAGAAGAACCCUACGAUCAAGCUUCUUGACUUUUUUGCGGAGAAGUAUGACAAUGAUAAUCCAGGGAGAAAGGGAUUGGUGUUCGUGACAGAGAAGACUGGGGAGAGAAGUAAAGCAAUAGGGCAUGGGUAUGAUAUUAUCGGAAGUGGUAUUGUGAAGAAGAUUGUGGAUAGUUGGAGGCAGGAGUGGUAG